AUGAAGCCACACAGAAAAAACAGAGACGGUGUCUAUACCAUCUACCCCACUGAAGGAAGGAAGAAAAGGGUGUUUUGUGACAUGAGAACAGACGGAGGGGGGUGGAUGGUGAUACAAAGAAGAAUGGAUGGAACCACAGACUUUCAAAAUAAGAAAUGGAAAGACUUUGCGGAAGGCUUUGGUCCUCCGGAUCACGAAUACUGGCUAGGUAACAAUGCCAUACAUGAUUUAACAAAGGGCGGGAAAAUGAAGCUAAGAAUAGACAUGAGACGGCUUAACGGAGAACGAGGAGUAGCACAAUUUCCAUCGUUUGUUGUCGGAAGUAAAUCAGAUAAGUACAGGCUGAAAAUAGCGGGAUUCCGGGGAUCAGUCGGAAUUAAGGAUUCCCUUUCCGCUCAUAAUGGGAUGAAAUUCACCACAAAAGACAGCGACAAUGACCGAUGGAGCAGUAACUGUGCCUCAUCUUAUGGAAAUGGAUGGUGGUUUAACCAUUGCCACCAACGUAAUCUGAAUGGCGUAUAUUAUAGAAAACCAACAUCGAGCACUAAAGGAAUAGCCUGGGAAGGCUGGGGUAACAAAAGUAACUGGGAAUCUUUGAAAUAUUCAAAGAUGAUGAUCAAACCAAAGACCUAAAUGCAAUAGGAUAUGUUUCGAGUUGAUCAAUAAAUUCUUAGAUAUUUGACCACUUAAUUAGUUAUUCGUA